GCUAACUACCAGUGCUGCGAAGCACCAUAGAACAGCCCCUUUUGAAACUUGUUGGCUGACACGCAAGAGCGUGCGUUCCGUCAGUUUUACAACAAUUUCGGCCUAGUUCGCAGCAUGUCGCGCAGGAAGGACAACGAGGAAACGGACAAGCAGACGAGGAUCGCCAUCGUCAGCGAUGACAAGUGCAAGCCGAAGAGAUGUCGCCAGGAGUGCAAGAAGUCCUGCCCGGUGGUGCGCAUGGGCAAGCUGUGCAUUGAGGUGACGCCUACUUCGAAGAUAGCCUCUCUGUCCGAGGAACUUUGCAUAGGUUGCGGUAUCUGUGUCAAGAAAUGUCCCUUCGAGGCAAUCACAAUUAUCAAUUUGCCCAGCAACCUGGAGAAGCAUACAACGCAUCGAUACAGCAAGAACUCCUUCAAGCUGCAUCGUCUGCCCAUUCCGCGACCUGGGGAAGUGUUGGGUCUCGUCGGCCAGAACGGUAUUGGCAAGUCCACGGCCCUGAAAAUCUUGGCUGGCAAGCAGAAACCCAAUCUGGGCAAGUAUGCCAAUCCUCCGGACUGGACGGAGAUCCUCAGCUAUUUCCGCGGCUCCGAACUGCAAAACUACUUCACGAAAAUCUUGGAAGACAACCUGAAGGCUCUUGUGAAGCCCCAGUAUGUCGAUCAGAUUCCGAAAGCUGUUCGUGGAGCCGUUGGCGAUCUGCUCGAUAAGAAGGACGAGAGGGAGCUGCAAACCACCAUCUGCGAUAUGCUGGACCUGUCGCAUAUUCGGGAUCGUGAAAUCGCCCAGCUUUCCGGUGGAGAGCUGCAGCGUUUCGCUAUUGCCAUGGUGUGCAUUCAGAACGCGGAUAUCUUCAUGUUCGACGAGCCGUCCUCGUAUCUGGAUGUGAAGCAACGUCUUAAUGCUGCCUUGACCAUUCGCUCGCUCCUGCAUCCCACGAAGUUCAUCAUUGUGGUGGAGCACGAUCUAUCGGUUCUGGAUUACUUGUCUGACUUCAUCUGCUGUUUGUAUGGCGUUCCUGGCUGCUACGGUGUGGUUACUAUGCCCUUCUCGGUUCGCGAAGGUAUCAACAUCUUCCUCGACGGUUUCGUUCCCACCGAGAACAUGCGUUUCCGCACGGAGUCGCUCACGUUCAAGGUCUCCGAAUCCGCCACGGAGGAGGAAAUCAAGCGUAUGAAUCACUACGUUUAUCCUGCCAUGGUCAAGACUCUUGGAAAGUUCGAGCUCACAGUGGAAAAGGGACAUUUCAGUGAUUCGGAGAUCCUGGUUCUUUUGGGUGAAAACGGAACGGGAAAGACUACGUUCAUUCGAAUGCUGGCUGGAAACUUGCAACCCGAUGGCGAGGUUGACCUACCCAUGCUGAACAUCUCGUACAAGCCGCAAAAAAUUUCCCCGAAGUUCCAGAACCAUGUGCGACAUCUGCUGCACGACAAAAUUCGGGAUGCCUAUGUGCAUCCACAGUUCAUUGCUGAUGUGAUGAAGCCUAUGAAAAUUGAGGAGAUCAUGGACCAGGAGGUGCAGAACUUGUCUGGUGGUGAGUUGCAGCGAGUGGCUUUGGUCCUGUGCUUGGGUAAGCCCGCCGAUGUCUACCUUAUCGAUGAGCCAUCUGCUUACCUGGAUUCAGAGCAGCGUCUUGUGGCUGCCAAGGUUAUCAAACGGUAUAUUCUGCACGCCAAGAAGACUGGCUUUGUGGUAGAGCACGAUUUCAUUAUGGCCACCUACCUCGCCGAUCGUGUCAUCGUCAUCGAGGGUCAGCCUUCCGUGAAGACGACGGCGUACUCACCGCAAUCCCUGCUCAACGGCAUGAAUCGUUUCCUCGAACUGCUCGGCAUCACUUUCCGCCGAGAUCCCAACAACUUCCGGCCGCGCAUCAACAAGAACAACUCUGUAAAGGAUACGGAACAGAAGCGCUCCGGCCAGUUCUUCUUCUUGGAGGAUGAAGCCACAUGAACUAAGACACAGAUUUAUGAUUGACCCCCGCAUUUUGCCUUCCGCUCUCCUAUGUUCAUCUAGCAUUCUUUGGCCAAAACACACACAUAUACAUUGGAUUUCUACUUAGUUUUUUUGUUAUUGUUGUCAAGGAUUGCAUACAUUCAACAAUUGGGAAUGUUUUGUAAUUAAUUAAAGUCAGUUUUAUAUGCGUUUAUAUUGCAAAAUAAAUAGAACCCCCCAAAAGUAACCAGGAUGAUGGUCAUCCUCAAAGGAGUCUAGAUAAAAUAAACCAAUUUUCUUUAUACAAAACAGCAA